AUGUUUGAAUUCUCUCCGGUAUCAGCUUUGUCACCUUCGAGGGAGGACAAUGAGGAGUUCGCAAUCUGUGGCACCGGAUGCAUGAUCUCUGAUCCGGCAAACAUUGAUGACAUACAAAGAAUAAUCAAGGAGCUGUCAAGCACGUGGCGGGCAUGCUCGGAUGCCUCCGUCUCCGCACCCCAACAUUUGCUCAACGGCAGCCAGCAGCGUUGCCGUCAUUCCUUCCUUAGCAGACAGGCGAGGGGCAUGGCAUUCAGUUAUGCGAGCCAAGUGCAAAAGGACGUGAGAUCGUCAAAUCGCUACAAGCACACCUUUGCCGUCCACGCCGAAAACCGCACGUCAUGCCUCAGCUACGACGCGCAAGUCGCGCCCUCGUACUUCGGCUUCCGCAACCUCAUGGGGCUGGUAUUGGUCGCCUCCAACCUUCGCUUGAUGGUCGAGAACUUCAAGAAGUACGGCCUGCUCGUCACCCUAUCCGGCGCCAAACUACAGCCGGGCGACUGGCGGAACUUCGGCAUCUUAUACGCUUUGACGCCCUGUUUCCUCUUCGUCGCGUAUAUGAUCGAGGCUAUGGCCGCCCAAUACGCGAAAGGCAAAGUUGCCGAACGCAAGAGGGCGGAAGAGCGGAAGGACGGGCAGCAAGCGGAGAAGCACAAGCGCCACCUCUUCUCCACGUGGAGGGUGAUUGCGCUCUGCCAUGGCAGUAACGCCACGCUCAUGCUGGUCAUCUCGACGUAUGUGGUGUACCACUACAUCCACAAUCCCGGCUUGGCGACUGUUGCCGAACUUCACGCGGUGAUUGUAUGGCUCAAGGUUUGUUCGUAUGCCUUCACCAAUAGAGACAUGAGGCACGCAUACGUCAAUGCAGACCCAGCGGACGGCGCUGCGAUCCCCGCGCUGUACAAGUCCUGCGCUUAUCCGAACAACAUCACAUUGAAGAACCUCAGCUACUUCUGGUGGGCGCCGACUCUGGUCUACCAACCCGUCUACCCCCGCUCCCCCACCCGCCGCUGGGACUUCAUCGUCCGCCGCCUCUCCGAGCUCCUUCUCCUCUCCAUCGUCAUCUGGGUCGCAUGCGCGCAAUACGCUGUCCCCCUGCUCCAAAACAGCCUCGACGACAUCUCGAAACUCAACCUCAUCGGCAUCCUUGAACGCGUGCUCAAACUUUCCACCAUCUCCCUCGUCUGCUGGCUCGCCGGCUUCUUCGCCCUCUUCCAAUCCUUCCUCAACCUCCUCGCCGAGCUCACCCGCUUCGGCGACCGCGAGUUCUACAGCGACUGGUGGAACAGCUCCGAUUUGCGCACGUACUGGACCAGCUGGAACAAACCCGUCACGCACUUCAUGAAACGCCACAUCUACGCGCCGAUGGUGGGGAGGGGGAUGAAUCCCGUUUACGCGCAGCUCAUCACCUUCCUCUUCAGCGGGAUCUUGCACGAGAUGUUGGUCGGCGUGCCAACGCAUAACAUCCUGGGCGUGGCGUUUAUGGGCAUGGUGGCGCAGAUUCCGCUGAUCUAUCUGACGGAUCCGCUGUCGAGGAUGAAGGGGCAUAAUGGGCGCUUGGCGGGGAAUUUGAUCUUUUGGAUCACGUUCUGCUUCUUCGGGCAGCCGUUGGCGGCGAUUUUCUACUUUUUCGCGUGGCAGGCCAAGUUUGGCACGCAUAAUCGGCCGGAGUGGCCGUUGGGGUUGGGGGAUUUGAAGACUUAG